AUGAACGAAUCAUUUUCUCUAUUUCUUAAGCUUUGUUACGUCUACGACAUUUUAUAUUUUGCUACUGCUGCAUUUUAUUCUGCUAUUGUUCUUGGUCAAGGAAAGUUUCCCGUAGGGAUCUAUAAUGGAAUCACAGACUUCCAGGCACCAUUUGUUUUCGAAAUUGUUUAUACUCUACAGGUGUUGUAUAUCUUUUUCACACUUACGUUCAUGGCAGGCUACGACCUUCUUUUGUUCGUCUUGGCAGGACACGCUUACUGCGAAUUUCGCAUGUUAAAAAAGGCCUUCCAAGAUCUCCCGUUCGAAAAAGGAAGUAAGGAAGAAGUAACCAGCAAGUUCAAUGAAUAUGUUGACCACCACAAUGAAGUUAUACAGUACGAUAAUUAAUCAUUUAUUUAUAGCUGAAGUGAAUAGGUACUAACGACGUGGUAGACGAGGGGUACGAAAAAUAGUGAUAAACAAAAUUGGCCUUGGACUUACAACAAUGACCAACGAAACCAAGACCCAACUUUCAAGACUAAACGA